AUGGCGCUCCCGAUCAGCAGCCCAUCACCGCGCCUGGAUCGCUUUGGACAGGCCAUGGAAUCCCUUUACGGGAGCUUCAGCAGCAUCGAGAACCCAGAGGAUUGGGUUCCGCCGCCAAGAGCAGGCGGUCAUAAGGGGCGGUACCUAUGGACAGACGCGUUCGGGGUUAUCAACCUCCUGACCAUGCACAACGAGUACAAAAAAACUGGCAGUGACACAAUCGGCGAUGAUCGCUACCUAGUACUGGCCAGCCGUCUGAUCCAGACCGUCCAUGACAUCCUGGGUAGACAGCGAGACGGCCGCUCAAGACUGCCGAAUGCCACAGAUGAGAACCCGCUAGCCGGUGGUUUGAGAAUCGGCAAGACAGAUGCCCGCGGGCCGGAUGCCGACGGGCAAUAUCACCAUUACCUGACGAUAUGGAUGUUUGCCUUGAACCGGAUGACUAGAGCAUCUGGGGAUAUGAGGUACAACCGGCUAGCCGUCCAGCUGGCCAAAGCGAUCCACCCGCGAUUCUUCGUUGAUCGCGCAGCAGCUCGGCCGAGAAUGAUAUGGAAAAUGAACAUUGAUCUCUCGGAGCCGAUGGUCAAAUCAGAGGGCAAUCUCGACCCGCUUGAUGGCUUUGUUAUUUUCCGACUUCUGCAGGCUACGGCCGUCGAGGCAGGCGAUGGCCCUGUCUUGACUCAGGAGAUUGACGAUUACAAGCGCACGAUGGAGCGGAAAGGGGAGCAUUUUGUUUCCAGUGACCCCCUGGAUUUGGGUAUGACUUUGUGGACAGCGCACUGGUUUUCUGAGCGAGAGAAAUGGGCUGCUAAUCUUGCCGAGAAAUGCUUCGAGCAAAUGUACAAUCUCUUCGAGAUCAAUCGGUAUUUGGAGCGCAAUAUCAAAUUCCGACUGGCCUUCCGUGAGUUUGGUACCAGCAUGGGCAUUCAAUGCCAAUCCGAGGCGGCUGCGGAGAAAGAACGCUCUGUCGACCUUAAAUGCUACUCUGAUGCCAUCAUUGCUGCCUGGGACCCAUACAUGGAGCUGGCCAUAUCUGAUGACCUGACGCCAGAGGAUUUGAGGCCUAUCACGCGGGUGAUGUAUGCGUCGGCAUUGAUUCCAGGUGCAUUUCGAUCCGGAUUCCUGGGCCCAGAACCGACACCACGCGAAGAAUGA